AUGUUCCACCGUCCAUUAACAUCCGCCGCCCGUGUUUCCCGCAACUUGCGGGUACCAGCGCGAACCCUCGCAACUGAAGCUCCGAUUUCGGCUGCUCGCAACCACAAGGUCGUCGUUGUAGGCGGCGGCUCUGCUGGUCUGUCAAUCAGUCACCAGCUUCUGCACUCCGGAAAAUUCAAUGCUGAGGAUAUCGCCAUCAUUGACCCAGCUGAAUGGCACCACUACCAGCCCGGCUGGACUCUCGUCGGCGGAGGUCUCAAGACAACACAAGAGCUCCGUCGCCCAAUGAAGAGCUUGAUCGAUCCCAAGCUUAAGUUCUACAAUGACGGUGUCGCAACCUUCGCGCCAGAGAACAACUUCGUCACCCUCGCCAAUGGCGACAAGAUCGGCUACGACCAGCUCAUUGUCGCCCCCGGUCUUACCGUUUCCCCCUCCUCUGUCAAGGGUCUCCCCGAAGCUCUCGCCAACCCUGACGCCCCCGUCUCCUCAAUCUACACAUACGAUACCGCCAGCAAGGUCUUCCCCGACAUCAAGAAGUUAGAGAAGGGUACCGCCAUCUUCACCCAGCCCGCUGGUGUUAUCAAGUGCGCCGGAGCUCCCCAGAAGAUCAUGUGGCUUGCUCUCGAUCACUGGAAGCGCGCUGGUCUCUACGACCCCAGCAACCCCAGCAGCUCCCCCAUCAACAUCAACUUUGCGACCGGUCUCCCCGUCAUGUUCGGUGUCCCCAAGUACAACGCCGCCUUAACACAGAUGCAGAAGGAGCGCGGUGUUAACGCAUUCUUCCAGCACGAUCUGGUCGAGGUCCAGGGUAACAAUGCGAUCUUCGCUCGUCCCGACGGAACUGAGACCGUGACCAAGCGCUUCGACUUCCUGCACGCUGUGCCAAAGAUGGGCUCCCCCGCUUUCGUUAAGAACUCCCCACUGGCUAACGCAGGUGGCUUCGUCGACGUUGACGAUGCUACCACCCGCCACAAGAAGUUCGGCAAUAUCUGGUCCGCUGGUGAUGCUUCUAGUCUGCCUACUUCCAAGACCGCCGCUGCUGUUACUUCCCAAGCUCCUAUCCUUGUCCGUAACCUGUUGCAGGUGCUGGAGGGCAAGCAGCCUGAUGCCGCUUACGAUGGAUACACCUCUUGCCCUCUUACUACUGAGUACGGCAAGGUCCUCCUUGCAGAGUUCAAGUAUGGACCUGAGCCUAAAGAGACUUUCGGUAGCUUGUUCGGAAUUAACCAGGCUGUUCCACGCCGGUCUUUCUACCACUUGAAGAAGGACUUCUUCCCUUGGGUGUACUACACUCACAUGGUGAAGGGGAACUGGGCUGGUCCUAAGGGGUGGAUUAACUAG